AUGUUGAAAUAUUUGAGUAUGAUAAAGUCCCGGUGUGUUAUUCAUAACCCUGUUUGUAAGAUUAUGGGUGAGAUAUUGAGUAUGAUAAAGUCCCGGUGUGUUAUUCAUAACCCUGUUUGUAAGAUUAUGGGUGAGAUGCGCAUUGUGAUGAGUAUCAAUGUUGAAAUAUUUGAGUAUGAUAAAGUCCCGUGUGUUAUUCAUAACCCUGUUUGUAAGAUUAUGGGUGAGAUGCGCAUUGUGUUUGUUAUAAACUAA